UUGGGUUAUAUAGAUGAGGACUGCAUCACUGAGAUGUCCGUCAACCUGAAGAAGUCCAGGCAGAGCACCCUACAGCUGGUCAAUGAGUGGAAGUACGACCAGAUCACUGCCACCUACCUGUUGCUACUCUCUAAGAAACAGAGGGGGAAACCUGUCCGGAUCAGGCCUCAACUUCCUGUCUGUGAUGUCAUAUCCUGUUCACCUCAACACCUGGGAGUUCAGACUCGGCUCUUCGGUGAUGAUGAUGAUGCUGAGGACUGUUGCUAUGAUGAUGACCUGCCCUGGGUUCCGCUCACACCCCAACAAGAGAGAGCGACCUGUCCGUCAGCUGAAAAGAGGCGGGAUCAAACUAAACACGCCCCCACUCCGGAGAGGGAGCCAAUCACACACCACCACCGUCGCCAGGAGAGGCGAGACCGAUGCCAGGAACGGACCAAUGAAAACAAAGAGAAUGUUGCCGUGGCCAAUAAGGAUGCUGAUAUAUUUGCUUUGCCCGCCCCCCGAUCCCCAGUAUCCAAUAGGAAGGCAACUCGGCCCAAUAAGAGGGUCUUGACGACACCAACCCAUAAUAACACCAAGGUUGGCAACAAGGUAGACACACCCCAAGGAGGAGGCAGUACUUGUAAGGACCCGUCGAGGAAGAGACAGAGGGAGAGAGUGGAAAGAAAGGAGGAAGGAGAGCUGGAGAUACUGUCCUUCAGCCCAGAGAGAAGGUCCCGGUCGUUAGACCUGGCGGGGGCGUCUCGGGGUGACAGCAGCCAGAAGAAAAGGGGGGUUAAGGUAUUCGGCAGUCUGGAGAGAGGGCUGGAUAAAGUCAUCACCCUGCUUACACCCAGCAAGAGACGAGGGCUACGGGACGGACCACGCAGGAUCAAGGCCCAGUAUAAUGUAACAUUGACCAGUCAGACCAACCCGGACCAGGUGUUGAACCAGAUCCUCUCCAUUCUACCGGAGAAACACGUCGACUUCGCACAGAAAGGCUAUACUCUGAAGUGUCGUACCCAGGGGGACUUUGGGAAGGUGACCAUGGCGUUUGAGCUGGAGGUGUGUCUACUGCACAGACCUGAGGUGGUGUGUGUGAGGAGACAGAGGCUGAAGGGAGACUCCUGGGUCUACAAACACCUGGUGGAGGACAUCCUCUCUACGUCCAGCAUCUAGACGUCACUACUUCCUGUCCGUGAUGUCACAUCCUGUCCACGUCCAGCACCUAAAGCCGGUGUCUUAACUAAUUCCAUGUAGGGCAGAGGGUCUGCAGGUUCAUGCUUCACUUGUACUUAAUUGAUGAAUUAAGGUCACUGAUUAGUUAGGAUCCCCCCUCACCUGGUUGUCUAGGACCUCCCCUCACCUGGUUGUCUAGGACCUCCCCUCACCUGGUUGUCUAGGACCUCCCCUCACCUGGUUGUCAUGGACCUCACCUGGUUGUCUAGGACCUCCCCUCACCUGGUUGUCAUGGACUUUCAUACUGACACAUAUCAAACAGCAGAUGACUGCCCUCCGUGGAAUGAGUUGGACACCUUCUGAUCUAUUGCCUGUCUACAGAAGCACAGAUCUAGGACCAGUCUCCAUUUCCUUACCCUUAACUAGUGUAGUAUAACUAGUCAGAUCUAGGACCAGUCUCCAUUUCCUCACCCUUAACUAGUAUAACUAGUCAGAUCUAGGACCAGUCUCCAUUUCCUCAACCUUAACUAGUGUAGUAUAACUAGUCAGAUCUAGGACCAGUCUCCAUUUCCUCACCCUUAACUAGUGUAGUAUAACUAGUCAGAUCUAGGACCAGUCUCCAUUUCCUCACCCUUAACUAGUGUAGUAUAACUAGUCAGAUCUAGGACCAGUCUCCAUUUCCUCAACCUUAACUAGUGUAGUAUAACUAGUAGGGGAAUCUACAUGAAAACUGACCUGAGAUCAGUGUCACGUUUUAUAAGAUGACCACUUCCUCUUUUUUACAGGUGACAUUCCUUUCCUCCUUAAACAUGUUUCCCUUUAAGUGUGUCGCGUUUUAUUUCCUCACCCCCCCCCCCCCCCCCCCCCCCACUGUAGCAGGAAGGAGUUUUGAGGUGUUACGGUAUCAUAGAGCCUUUUAGCAUCGCGGAAUAACAGUUUACUGAAAGAAUUAAUACUUUACAGAGUAACAGUUUACUGAAAGAAUUAAUACUUUACAGAAUAACAGUUUACUGAAAGAAUUAAUACUUUACAGAAUAACAGUUUACUGAAAGAAUUAAUACUUUACAGAAUAACAGUUUACUGAAAGAAUUAAUACUUUACAGAAUAACAGUUUACUGAAAGAAUGAAUACUUUACAGAAUAACAGUUUACUGAAAGAAUGAAUACUUUACAGAAUAACAGUUUACUGAAAGAAUUAAUACUUUACAGAUUAACAGUUUACUGAAAGAAUUAAUACUUUACAGAAUAACAGUUUACUGAAAGAAUUAAUACUUUACAGAUUAACAGUUUACUGAAAGAAUUAAUACUUUACAGAUUAACAGUUUACUGAAAACAGUUUACUGUAAGCAUUAAUACUUUACAGAAUAACAGUUUACUGAAAGCAUUAAUACUUUACAGAAUAACAGUUUACUGAAAGCAUUAAUACUUUACAGAAUAACAGUUUACUGAAAGAAUUGAUUCUUUACAGAAUAACAGUUUACUGAAAGAAUUGAUUCUUUACAGAAUAACAGUUUACUGAAAGAAUUGAUUCUUUACAGAAUAACAGUUUACUGAAAGAAUUGAUUCUUUACAGAAUAACAGUUUACUGAAAGAACAGUUUAAUACUUUACAGAAUAACAGUUUACUGAAAGAAUUAAUACUUUACAGAAUAACAGUUUACUGAAAGAAUUAAUACUUUACAGAAUAACAGUUUACUGAAAGAAUUAAUACUUUACAGAAUAACAGUUUACUGAAAGAAUUAAUACUUUACAGAAUAACUGUUUACUGAAAGAAUUAAUACUUUACAGAAUAACUGUUUACUGAAAGAAUUAAUACUUUACAGAAUAACAGUUUACUGAAAGAAUUAAUACUUUACAGAAUAACAGUUUACUGAAAGAAUUGAUUCUUUACAGAAUAACAGUUUACUGAAAGAAUUGAUUCUUUACAGAAUAACAGUUUACUGAAAGAAUUGAUUCUUUACAGAAUAACAGUUUACUGAAAGAAUUGAUUCUUUACAGAAUAAUAGUUCACUGAAAGAAUUAAUAAAACUGUGUUUGUACAUAUACCAGUAAUAGGAUUCCCAAUUUACUUGUUUCUCUAUCAUGUAUUUUACUUUUGUAGGAGAAAUGUUGUUUUAACUAUAGUAUGUUUUACUGGUUUUCUGAUUUUCUGUCGUUACGUCUUUCUGUCUGUAAGAUGAUUUAUGUUAAUAUUGUAAAGGAUCAAAAUAAAUGGAGUUUGUAGAGA